CAAAUAUUUGACGUAUCCGCCAUAGUCGUUCGCUGUGUUCAAUUUGUUAUCAAACACGGAUUACAAAUUUGCUUUUCAGUGUUUUUACAUUCGCUGUAAAUAAUGGCAAUCGUAGAAGAUGAAGUGCGGAAUGAAUCUGAAGAUGAAAAUGAAAUAGAAGUCGUUGUUGAGGAAGAUGAUGCGGAGCAAGAUUCUGAUGAUUCAGAUGAUGACGAUGAUGAAGGAGCACUUGAAAGGAAAGUGGCUGAAUUAGAGCGCCGCAUUGCAGAAGAUCCGUACAACUACAAUGAACACAUUGAACUAAUACAGUCGUUAUGGGCUCUAACAGAACUAGAUAGAUGGCGCAACGCGUUCGAGAGGCUGCAACAGAUGACGGCACUGAGAGCCGAACAUUGGCUGCUUUGGUUGCAGACAGAGGCAUCAAUAGCUCACUCAUGGCAGUCGCGUGAACGUAUCGCCGAGUUGUUUAAGCAGGCCACACUUGACUGCUACUCUAUCCCAAUCUUGACUGAGUGGUGCACAUGGGCAAUGGGAGUAGGUGACGUGCCCGCGGCGCGUGAGCAACUCGACGAAGUGUUGCGACGUGCAGGCGCAGAUCCAUUCUCCGGGAAGUUGUUUUGGGAUGCCAAGCUUGAACUAGAGAAAUCGCAGUUGGACACUAUGAGUGAAGAAGAUUCUGAGUAUAAGACGCAGCAAGAACGCGUUCUGUGGUGUUUAGAGGAGACAGUCUCCAGACCCCUCUUGCGUGGAGAAGAAGCGUGGCCACAACUACAGGAGUUGGCAGCUAUGUUACAUGACCAGACAUAUAUUGAUAAGGUAAAGAAGCAACAUGAGGCAGCUGUAGAUUAUUUGCACAAAGUAACAACGUUUGAAGAUAAACUUCUUACCACAGAAAAUGUCGAGGAGAAGCUUAAAAUUUAUCAAGAUUAUAUAGAAACAGUGAAAGAUCUGUCGCAUCGCGACGAGUAUGCUGAGUGUGAUAGUAAUGGAAUACUCAAGGUGGUGUACGACCGGGCAUCGACUGAAUCUUCGGCAGCAGGGACAGCGGUAGUGUCAGGACUGCUAGCGGGGUGGGCGCGGGCGACGCGUGGCAGUUCGCGUACGACCGUCGCACGUGUACUGGAUGCCUGUAUACGACGAUGUCCGCGCCUACAUACCUUCUGGGCCCUCAAGAUGCAGCAAGCUGAACACGAGGAGAAGACCUUCGAUGAGGUAAAAGGAAUAUUCGAGACAGCCCUGUCUAAAGGUAUGGAGUCGUACAAGGAAGCCGAAGCCCUGUGGUUGAGUUACUUAGAGUUUAUUCGCCGUCGCACCGCGUUUGACAACGAGACCGACGUUGAUACACUACGUAGGACUUUCCGACUCGCUUGGGAUUCGCUAGCUGAGGCAUGGGGAGAAGAAGCUAAUGACUGUGAAGUACCCCUGUACUGGGCCCGCCUGGAAUACAAGCGAAUGAAUGAUCCCAAACAAGGCAAAGAGAUAUUUGAAGAAAUAUUUAAGUAUGGCGAGAACAAGAGCAUGUCGAAGUACUGGGAGGCGCUGCUGCAGCUGGAGCUGUGGCGGGUGCCGGCCGCCGCGCCGCACAAGCUGCGCGGGCUGCUGCGGCGUGCGCUGCGCUGCGUCGCCGACUACCCGCCCGCGCCCGCGCGCCUCUGGACCGACUACGAGCGCGACCACGGCGCGCUGCCCGCCCGCGCCGACUGCGCCGAGCAAUGCGAGGCAAAACUGAAAGAAUGGCGUGAAAACUAUCAGGCGAUGAAAGAGAAAAUGACAGGCAAGAAGCAGAAACCAAAACAAGACAAUAAAAAAUCUAAAUUUGAAAACAAAAAGAAAAGAAGAGAAGAUGAUAAACCAAAUAGAAAAAGGAAAUCUGGGGAAGAUAAUAAAGAAAGUGAAGCUAAGAAGAAAAAAGAUGAUAGUAUGGAUGUUGAAGAGAAAGCACACGAUGGUGAAAGCAGUGGAGUGAAGAGAUCUCAUGAACAGGAUGAUGACAAUGUAACAGACAGUAAACGUCAAAGGACAGAUGAGACAGACGAGUCAAGCAAUCGAGUCAGCUCAAGAGAUGCAUGCACCCUGUUUGUCAGUAAUUUAGAAUUCAAAGUGGAUGAAGAGAGUUUAAGAAAUAAAUUAUCAGACUAUGGUGAGAUCGUGUCGCUACGGGUGAAGGCCGGCGUGAAGGCGUUCGGAGGUUCAAUAUGUUAUUGCCAGUACAAAACACCGGGAGCUGUGGAAAAAGCCUUGAAACACGAUAGGACACCACUAAACGGUCGGCCAAUGUUUCUAUCACGAUACUCAGCGGACAAGACGAAGUCCAGCUUCAAAUACCCUACUACAGCGGAGAAGAAUAAACUGUUUGUAAAGAAUCUACCUUUCGGACAUUGCACGAAAGAAGCACUCACAGAUAUAUUUGAAAAGUAUGGCAAACUUAAAGACAUACGGGUAGUAACACACAAGGACGGCAAGCCUAAAGGACUAGCAUACGUAGAAUAUGAAGAGGAGGCUAGUGCGCAGGCAGCGUUGGCUGGUACCAGGUCGCUGGUGGUGGCGGGCCGCACGGUCGACGUGGCGCUCAGCGCGCCCCCUCCCCGCGCCGCCGCACACCCGCCCGCGCCCCCAGCCGCGCUCGGACAACCCAAGAGGGACGCGGGGGGCGGCAUGCGGCGAACACAAUUGAGCAGUUUCAUACCGAGCGUUCUACAGAGACCAUCAACCAGCAAAGCAGCGACCAACGGCGACCACACCAACGGGGAGAAGCGGCCGCUCAACAACAGCGACUUUAGAAACAUGCUGUUGAACAAAUGAAUAGUAGUAAGGCAACUCACUAACUCGUAAGGAAUGUUAAAAUAUUUUUAUUUAGAGCAUUGUAGACAUGUAACAAACUUGGGAAAUAAAAAAUAUUUUUACCGACAUUUUUGCAGAUUCCCCUGACGAUACUUGGUCAAAUAAAUUAAACGCAACACUCACUUUUGCAUUUUCACUCAUAUUUUUUAAGAUAUUAUCGUUCCCCCUCCCACCUUUCCUCCAUUUUGCACAAACACGACGAUUAUGAAUGUAUAAACAUGAUGGGAUGUCAUUUUAACAAGUUAUAUUUAAACCUAUCCCUGGCGUUUGUACAAAUUAAAUUUGAUACUAUGUGGAGUUUACAUUUGUAGUCAGAUAACUAUCUCAUGCUGUUAUUGAGCUGAGUUGAAGGUUGAUUCUUGUAUAUUCGAAUCAAUCAAGAAUUAUUUUACUAAGUGAAGAAAUUAACAACUUAUUAAUUAUUGAAAAAAAUUAAUACAUACAUAUAAAAGCAUUAUAAAUAAAUGCCUAUACGUGUUGUCGCUGUUUUUAGAACAUUUAUCAGUUGUAUUCUGAACGCAUAUUGUUUUAAAGAAAUCAUUGUUUCUCUUGUUUUAUCGUACCGAUUUUGUCGUGAUACUAUAGAUAUAAAAGUGCUCAUUGGCUAGCGUUAAUACGGAUCUGAUCAUGGAGCCUGAAUCACAUCACAAGUUAUAUGUAUAAAAACAUUCAGAAAAACUUAUUAUGGAAGAAGCAACAAAUCUAUACUGUACCUAUUAUUUACUGUUUAUUAUAAAGUGACAGAAAGUUAAAGUUUCUAAAUAUUCCCAAUGAGUAAGUCUCUUCUUCAAUCGUUCUAAAAAGAUGUUUAAACUAUACUUGUAUUUUGUCUAUUUUGCUCUAAGUUUUUACAAUAUAAGUUCAAGAUAGACUCGUAAGAUAUUUGGAAAUGCUAUGUUGCUGAAUGUUCUUUUGUACAAUUAUUUUUACAUUUUUAGCUAACAAAAAUGUGUAAAUAACUGUGGCAUUAUUUAUUUUUAGAUAUUUUAAAUAAUAAAUUGUAACAUGUCUGCCUGCACAUUAUAAAAACCUCAUUCAUUCUAAGUCUAAUACUUGAAUAUAGUUAUGGGGUAUAUUAUUAUAGUAUAUAAAAUAACAAAUAUAAGACAUCGUAAUUACAUUAAAUAUAAAUUUAUAAAGCUACUAAGGCACAUUUACGUGUUCAUAACGAAAUAUGGUAACGUCUCAAUUCUGUAUCAGUUUUCAAAAACAAUUAAACAUUUAAAAAUUUUAUAUGUUAUAUUUAAAAAGUACUCUGCUAGUAAACUAAAACGUUAAUUAUGCAAUAAUAUUCUUUAUAAAAGGUCACUGAAAAUUUUGAUUUUGAUUGUAAGAAUGUAUUUGGAAAUUUCCGAAGCAAAAUAUUAAAUAGGUACAAAGUUUUUAGUUAUACAUUUAUAUGCAAUGUAUUCUAUGACAAGUGUUUUAGUACGGUAGCAGAGGACUUUUUCAUAUAUCAGAAAUAUUAAAAAGUUUUUUAAUCGUUUUUGAAAAUUGACAGAUAAAUGCGUCGUUACAAUAUUUUGGUAAAUAAAAGCCUUGAACACUCCUAACAAUCAGUUAACAACACUUAAGUUUGUCUAUUUAUUUUGUUGCUUGAAAAUUGUCACAAUAUUGUACACUGCUGACAUUGAUGAUCCUUUCCACUUUGGUUUAUUGGCGAGAUUAAUUCUUUUAGAGUUAAUCUCGCCUUUAUACAUUUGCUUGCCUCUAUCAUAUUUUUUAUGUAUAUUAGUAUCUACAAUAAAGUAUAAAGAAAUAUAAGUAACAAGCUUUAGAAUAUCUUAUAAAGUUAUUACGAUUAACUUAGUGAGAUCACUUUUCGUUUGUUUUGCUAGAUACAUUUUUGUUAUUAUAUGUAUGUAUGUGUACGUGUCAAAUGAUACGUUAUAAUUUGUCACUUCACAAGGGAAGUAAAUAGGGGGGAUGUAGACAGGCCUAUUUAAAGAGGGAUCAGCUAUACCCACUCCAAAAUAGUCUGAUGGUCAUCCUUUGAUGCAGGCGGUGCUUCCAGCUAUGAGCAAAGGCAUGCUUAUAAGUUCAUAUGGGCCUUUUAAUAAUCUAAACGCCAAUAUAUAUUAUAUUUUAAAAUAUACAUAUUUUGACCCUAUAUAUGUGAUUACUAUGUAUCCCCAGAGCAGGCCUUAGGUGACUUAUAUUAUUGAAAGAUUGUGAAAGCCAAAUGUUGAGUAGUUAUAAGUACUAUUCGUAAACGUUCAAUUCAAAACCCGUUGAUUAUGUAUUGUUCUAUACCUGUUUAGCUCAAAAUUAUGUUUUCAAAAUGGUUGAUUAAUUUCCAUAUUUCUAUUUCAGAAUCUUAACACCAUUAUUAAAUAAAAGUGCUAUGUAGUUUGCUGUAUUUAUGAACAGAUUGUAUCAUUGGAGUCAAUUUUAUACUUAUGCAUAGGUAGGUACUAUUUAAGUCAGUCGGAAUUUUGUUACAAUGCGAUAAAGUUUGAUAAUUCCGAAUAAAAAGUAUUUUGUUUCUCUAUAA